ACCAAGCGUUACACAACACAGCUCAAUUCCAACCCACUUUCCCCGAAUUUCACAACAUCCCCAAAAAUGGACCACCAAACUGCAGCUCCACCGCCACCAUCCAUCCCAACCACCACCGCCGGCACCACCAACACCGCCGCCGCUUACCCCGAUUCUCUCGAUUCUUCCCCUCGUUCUCGCAACACCGAUUCAUGGGGCGAGGAUACUAUUAACAACAAUAACAACAACAACAACCAAAACGCCACCAUGCAACCACCACCGCCGCAACAAUUGACCAAGCUCCGACUCAUGUGCAGCUACGGCGGGCACAUAGUCCCUCGGCCACACGACAAAUCACUCUGCUACGUCGGCGGCGAUACUCGGAUCGUAGUUGUUGACCGUCACACAACUUUAUCUGACCUGACUAACCGUUUAUCAAAAACACUUAUCAGAUCUUCAUCAAAUAAUUCGUUAUCAUCAUCUACUGUAUCUAUAUCCGUAUCUACUUCUCAAACGACGCCGUUUACUCUCAAGUAUCAGCUUCCUUCUGAAGACCUCGAUUCGUUGAUCUCCGUUACUACUGAUGAAGAUUUAGAAAAUAUGAUUGAUGAGUAUGAAAGACUACUUUCUAGUAAUUCUUCUUCUAGAUUACGGUUAUUUCUGUUUCCGUUAAAACCGGAAUCUGUUAAUUCUAUUGGAUCGCUUUUGGAAAACACUACUAAAUCUGAAGAUUGGUUUUUAAAUGCUUUGAAUGGAACUACUUCCGGAUUUUCCGAUACUUCUUCUGUUAAUUGUUUGUUAGGGUUAGACGACGACGUUUUGGUUAAUGAUAAAAAAGAUGUCAAAAAACCAAAUAAUCAAAAUAAUAAUAACAGUAGUAGUAAUGGGAAUAAUUUGGGACAGGAUGUUCAUUCGGUUCCGGAUUUGGAGCGAACGUCGUCGUUUGGAUCAGCGUCGUCUUCGCCGUCUUUGGCUAGCUUGCCCCCAAUUAAAGUACACGUUGAUGAGAAUAAAGCUGUUCCUGGAAUUGAGGAGCAGUUUGUUCAGAUGAAUUUGCAGCAGCAACAGCAAAGUGUUGCCGUUCCGGUUCCUGUGGUUGUUACCGGUGUCCCGAUGAGUACGAAUUCUCCUCUUGCACAGACAGCGUAUGAUUUGGCUUCUCAGGAUUCGGUUUUGAGUGAUGGUAGGCAGAAGCCGGGUAUGAUAUAUCAGGAUCAGUUAGUACAAAUGCAAGUUAAUAGUAACAAUAAUCGGAAUCCUGAAAUGAGUAAUUUACAAGAUCAGAAUGCUAGAAUACAAAUGCAACAACAGCAACAACAAAUGGCGGAUUCAGCUUACCUAAUGUCGAUGGGGAAUACUCAAGCUGGUGAUUCGCAGCAUACACAAAUGCUUCACCAACAACCGCAGUUUAUUCAUACAGGUGUUCCACAACCGCAGUAUAUUCAUCAUCAUCCGUCUGGGGCGGUUCCAAUGACGUCUUAUUAUCAAAUGUAUCCGCCGCAGAGUCAACAUCAUCCUCAUCAUGCGCCACUUGACCAGCAGAAUUUUGUGUAUUAUAUGCCUGCACCUGUGCCUGCUAGGCAGGCGCCCCAGGGGUAUAAUAUGCAAAUGCAUCAACAGCAGCAGCAGCAGCAGGGUAGUGGUUAUGCUGAGGUGUCUAAUGCGGGCGCUAUGCCUCUUUCACAUAGUCAAGCACCGCAGACUGGUUAUACCACUAGUAGGCCUGCUCAAACUGGUACUAAAAGUGAGUUGCCUGCUGGAGUUUAUGCAACAACGAGUUCUGGGAAUCCUCAGUUUGUUCAAGUUCCCUCGAGCCAACAUCAGCCUCAAGUUCAACCGCAAUAUGUAGGGUAUUCACAGAUGCACCACCCCUCGCAGUCUGUUGCUUCUUCUGCUUCUGGUGCUAGUGCUGGAGCUAAUUAUGGAUAUGAAUUCACGGAUCCUGCACAAGGACAGCAUAUUUAUUACGCAGCUCAACCUUUGCCACCUCAAUCGACUACACAAUACCAAACUGUGACUGGUGAACAGGGUUCUUAUCUUCCCACAGAUGCUAGCAUAAAGCAGCAGCAACAACAACAAGGGAGAGGUCAACAGCCUUGAUUGGUCAGUUUGAUUUAUGCGUAAGUUUUGCAGUAAUAUUUUUUUUUCUUUUCUCUGUGUUCUUGAUCAUAUGUCGUCUUUCUUUUUAUUUGUAUUGGUUGGUUUGCUGGUAUGCAUUAUGUGGGUAGGUAAUAAGAAAAACUUGAAUAGUUCCUUUCAUUUUACUUGUGUAUUCAUCUGUUAAAUUACAUCUAUAUCUAUAUAGUACAUGUGAUGUGAACAUUGGUGAAAAUGAAUAUUGGAUUCCUUAUGAA